AUGCACACAGCACUCGCCCUAACACAGCUCUCUGGCGGCAACUGUACCCAUAUUGCCUCCCCUCAUUCUCCCAGCAUCACCAUCUUCAUCAUCAUCAUCCCCAUAGAGCGCGCUGUGUGCGCAUCCACACACGCGAGCGUGCGUGCGUGCAUGCUCGGGCGAAGUGCGUCGGUGUAUGCGACGCGCAUCGUACUGAUGGAGGCACGUGCGCACGUCACCGAGUGGACGAGUGAACGCUCUGGCUGGACUGCAGUUGUAGCAGCAGGAGGAAAACUACCAGCUGCUGCUUUGGCCAUGAACGGAGAAGGAGAGGAUUUAGUGGAGCAGGUUUGCAAGCGCAUGAAAAUGGAAAAGGAGCCAGAAGCGAACGGAGAUAUGAGUGUUACGUCUAUCCCUCCUGCUUGCGUCUCCUCCUCCUCCUCCGUCUCCUCCUCCUCUUCCUCCUCCUCAAUAACUCGUUCGCAGGCUGCUAUGGUAUGCAGCGUCAACGGUCUUGUGGAGGCUCUGAAAGGACAGCAGCAUAGUGGCGAAUUUGCUGCCACCACCACUACCGCUGCCACUAUUAGCACCGCCACACCAAAAGUCACAACGGCCAUAAUGAUGGACGCAAAUUCAGCAAAGAAUUUUGUCAGUCAACUGCUUGCAGCAGCCGCUGCUGGACAGGGCAGGAUUGAGCUAGGUGGAACCGGAACACCAACAGCUGGUACCACCAAUGCUGCACCUCUACCAGGUGAACAAGCUCUCGAUAUGUCAGUAAGUCUACCUCUCGUGUGCAUUCGAUGGCUACGGUCUUAG